CACGGGGAGCGCUCGGCCCCGGGCCCCGCCGAACCGGCGCGGCCUCGCCGCCCCUGCUGGGAGUUGUAGUUCCGCGCGGGCCGCCUCCGCCGCCAUUCCCACGGGAGCUUCCCGCGCUCUAACUACAACUCCCAUCACCCCGCGGGGGCCGCGCUGGGCGCUCGCUGAUUGGUCGUUCCCCCCGCGCGCUGCCCGCUGUGAAGCGCCACCCGGAAGCGGCGGUGGCGGUUGCCAUGGAGACCGCGGCCUAGCGGGCGCCGCCAUGUCCUUUAAGCGCGACGAGAGCGACCCGGGCCCGCUCGGGGCGCUGCAGAGGCGCCGCGUGGCCGAGCUGCUGGCCAGCGCCAUCCCCGAGGACGAGGCGCUGCUGCUGCGCGACGGCAGGCUGGCGUGCUCGCUGUGUCCCCAGCGGCCCGUGUGUGACACUCUGCAGACGCUGCUGCUGCACCGCGCGGGCAGGAAGCACCUGGACAGCCUGCAGCGUUCCUUCGGGCGCCGCUGGCCCCACGAGGCCCCGCAGGGACCCCAGGAGCCCCCGGGGGCGGAGCCAGGGGGGCAGGACGAAGGGCAGCAGCUGCCGGGCCGGGAUCCCCGGGGUGAUCCCAAAGAAUCCCCAGACGCCGCCAAAAUCGUCCGGGAACCCCGGGAACCCCGGGAACCCCGAAACCCCCGGCCCCACGCACAGAGAGGGCGCUCCCAAGGACAGGAAACGAAGGAAAGGAAAUUCCCGGAGCUCCGAGGGCCCCGAGGGGCCGAGCCCGGAGCGGCUGCGGAUCCUGCGGCACCACCUGCACCUGCGCAGCCGGGGCUGGAUCCAGGAUCCCUCUGGGAAUUGGGUGAAGGACGGGAACGCCGAGUUCGACUCCGACGAGGAGGAGCCGCCACCACUGCCACCAGCCUGACAGCCCCGAGUGUCCCCAGGAGCCCCCAGGUGUCCCCAAGUGUCCCCAGAGCCCCAGGAAUAAAGUGGGAAUCUUUUGGGACCAUUUCUCCACUUUAUUCCCUUUAUUCCUGAGCUCAGUGCGGGCAUGGGGGAAUUUUAGGAUUUCUUCUGUU